CAUGGCGCUCUCCAACAACCACAUCUGCCCCGUCCACAACUGCAAGUGUGGCACCCUGCCUCCUGCGAGCUGCUUCUUCAGCCUCAUCUGCAGCCUGGGCUCCUUCAUGGUCAUCCUGGUGGGGCUGCUGCGCUACGCCCACCUCCUGGAGCGUCUCGGGCCAUCUCUCCUCAACACCUUGGGGCUGGCCACCGGCUGGGUCUGCGCCGCUGGCCUCACCAUGGUCGGCAGCUUCCAGGUGGAUCACGCCAAGGUGCUGCACUACAUUGGGGCAGGGGUGGCCUUUCCCACCAGCAUGCUGUUCCUGCUCCUGCAGUCCAUCCUCACCUACCGCAUGGCCAAAACCCGUGGGCAGUACUGGACCGGCCACUUACGCAGCAUCCUCACUGCUGUGGCCUUCCUCACCCUCGUCUUCAGCGGUGUGUUCUUCAUCCAGGAGAGCUUCGUGCUGCAGCAUGUGGCUGCCCUGUGCGAGUGGAUGUUCAUUAUCGAUGUCCUGGUCUUCUACGGCACCUUCACCUUUGAGUUUGGGGCCAUCUCCACAGACACCUUCCUGGUCCUGCUGAAAGCCAGCCGGGCUCCCAAAAGUUACAAAGGCGAAAGCGGCGUGUCCAGCACAGCCCACGUCCACAGCCACGUGGAGGGCCUGGCUAUGGCCUGACCCCCGCAGG